UCUCUCCUCCUUUACCAACUUAUAAGCCAUGUCAGUCCUCGCUAUAACUCUCCUCUCCAUGGCAAUACAGCUAUUGCCUCUGCUUUCCCUGUUGUCCUCCAUGGCCCUGGUUGCGCAAGGAGCAACCUGGUGUGUGGCCCGGAGCGAUGCAAGCGACCAGGCUCUGCAGACGUCUCUUGACUACGUCUGUGGCGCCGGGGCCGACUGCACCCCUAUAGGGGCCAAUGGAUUCUGUUAUCUACCCAACACCAUCCAGGCUCAUGCCUCCUAUGCCUACAACAGCUACUUCCAGCGCAAAAGCAUGGCCCCUGGCUCCUGUGACUUCGCUGGCACGGCCGUCACGGCCAAAACUGACCCCAGUUAUGGAUCUUGUGUGUAUCCAUCUUCCCUAAGUGCAGCAGGAGGGAUAAGCACGACAGGCACAACGCCAACAACAGCUGCAAACAACCCAAACGCACCAACAACCACCACGACAACACCAACCUAUGGUUAUGGCAGUUCUGGACUAAACCCCAUAACAAACCCUCUAAUAACAACAGACAAUUCUGAAGCUCCAUCAAGGUAUUUAGCUAGCACGGAAUUAAUUCAGGUCGUGUUAUUACUUGUUAUCUCUUUCAUUCUGCAACCACCCAUGUUAAACACUUAAACCUAUCUGCAAUGGAAGAGGCAUUUUUGCUAAUUAGAAGUUGGAGCGCUCUUUCUAGAUUUCUAGUAACAGCUAUUGCGCCUAUUGGUCUGUAAGCUCUACCUUGCUCUCUGGUAGGGUUUGUUGUAUUCAGGCUUGAAAUUUGUUCUCAGUAAUGUCAUUUGUAGCUCAAUGAGCGGAGAAGUAGCACUAGCAAUACCUCUAUUAUGCUCCAACCUUGUUAAGAUGUAGGAGGUGUUUUGAUACAUUAGGUUUGAUAUUGGCAGUUUGGAGAUACCCUUUUCUUUUUUCUUAUCAUGGGUUGAAGAGUUACUAAUUAAUUGUAAGUUCAAAAAAUAAAGUGCAAUCCACAUU